GCGCCGAGAUGACCAAUCAAUGAGAACCGGUCGAGAACCGACCAAUCAGAGAAAUCGCGCCAUCUUUUUGAAAAUGGAACACUGAUCCUGGUUUAUGAUUCCUAAAUAAGGCUUUUUGCAUUGUCCGUUGCUAUGCUCAUUUUGUAUUUAUUAUGCGCAGAAAUUGCAUUUAUUUCGAUUAGAUUGUGAAGUCCGCGCGGUGAACAUAGCGUACAUUGUUGUACCUAUCUCAGUGUUUGAGCGACACUCGGUGCGGUGGGUAGGACCAUCGCACGUUAAAAAAAUCUUGUUUUUUUUUCUGAGUGUUAACUUCAGUGAACUAUUUCUAUUACUUAGGUAAUUUUGUGAAAAUCCUUAGUGGGACACCCGUCGUUUGGCUGUUUGGAAUUUUCAACGCUUUUCAGAAUCAAAAUGGCGACCUCAGUACUCCAGCCCGAAGAUUGCCGAAGGGAACACGAACCGAAACCGGAUAUCCUCGACGCCCCGAGGUUGACGGAUGAUGAUCGGAUGCACAUCAUCGAAGCCAAGGAGAGGGAGACGGGAGAUCUGCCUCCCGAACUGAGGGAACAGGCCAGGAAAGAACUCCGCGAAGAACCGGCUCUGAGGGAACAGGCUUUAGCUCAAAUGAGACAUUUCAUUGAGAAGCAUCCUGCUAUCAAGAAAUGCCGGACUGACACGCCAUUCCUUCUUCGGUUCCUCCGUACCAAGAAGUACUCGAUUCCUCAAGCAUGCUCCAUGCUAGAGCGGUACUUGACCAUCAGGCAGAUGUAUCCUCAGUGGUUCCAGAAACUGGAUCCUCUGGACCCUAAGAUUGCUGCUGUGAUUGAUGCAGGGUACUUAGUGCCGCUGCCGAAGAGAGAUGCGGAAGGCAGGAGGGUUGUCCUGUCCUGUAUGGGCCGCUUCGACCCUCACCAGUUCGACAACUGCGUGAUGGCACGUGUUCACUCGAUGAUCGUUGAACUGCUACUGGACGAGCCUCGAUCACAGCUGCUGGGCUACACACAUGUGAACGAUGAAGCCGGCAUGCAGAUGCCGCACGUCAGCCUCUGGUCGCUCACUGAUGUCCGCAUCAUGCUGAACUGCAUACAAAACUCAACUCCCAUGAGGCAUAAGCGCACACACUUCGUGAACAUCCCGGCUUACGGAGUCAAGUUCUUCGAGUUCGCUGUGUCUCUACUUAGCGAUAAGUUGAAGGAUCGUGUGAUGUUCCAUCGUACAAGCGAGGAUUUGGUCAAACACGUUGACCCAGCGAUACUGCCGAAGGAGUACGGUGGCACAGUCCCCCUCAGAGACAUGAUUGAAGAACUCAAACGGAAUCUCUUGAAGCAACGCGAAGCUCUAAUGUCUUUAGACGAAAUGUACGUCGACUUACACGCUUUGGAAAAGAACGACUUGACUCAAGACAUUCAUUCAACCGCCGGAUCGUUCAGAAAACUAGAAUUAGAUUAGUUUAAGCGAGAGUUUCGACUACUUUCGAUCACAAACAGCUUCAUGGUGUUGUUUUCUAUUGUAAAAAAAAAACUUCAUACAUAUUUUGAGGUUUUGAUAAGGAGUCUCGUAAUCUAAAUAAAUAAGAUAAGACAUAUUUUUACAAUGUACUUUUACGUUUUCGAAUCUUGCUUUGCUUUCAGGUUAAAAUAGGGUUAUUUUUUUAGAUAAUAAUUAAUCAUUUUGUGAUGGCUAUUUUAAAUAAAAAUAUAAUCUAAUGUCAGUACUUACUCAAUAGAAUAGUAUAUGACUAUGCAAAUAGAUCUCAUUCACUAUUAGACGAACAUUUUGUUUUAAAUGUAUUCGACAAUCUUUUAAAAAUAGUUGCUUGUUAUUUAGGUAAUCUUGCUGGUACUACAUUUUAUGGCAGAUCACACUAUUAUUAAUUCUGUAGGCCUACAUUUAAUUUUAUUUUAGUGACUAGAGAGCUUGUGGCAGCCGUCGGUGGUGUCACGUUACCAUUCUUAACGGAAGGUUCUGAAAAAUGCUGUCAUUGCCAUCCUUGCAAUGUGUGUUUAUGAAUUAGCUUGUAUUUUUAAGAUAACUGCCAACAUGACAAACUGACUGCUGCAUGAAAUUAAACACCUUUUGUAAUGUAAAGUGGCUAUUUUGUAACAGCGCUUCUAAAUAAUAACUGUUAUAAUGGUUUAUUAUCUGUUAAAUGUCUCCGAAAUGUUUUGGGUACAGUAUGGUAUAAGAAGUAAAAAUGAAUUAAUCAUAA